AUGAGUUUUUAUAGCUCCAUCUAUUUUUAUUCCGAUCAAAGUCUCAGCACUGUACCCAAAAGUCGCUGUGCCUUGCGAGGCCCGUUUGAAGCGGGGCAAGAGGUAGAAGUAAAAUGGGCAGGACAAAGGUUUAUCGGUAUAAUUUUAAAGACUGCCGAUAAAGGUAAGUUUCUGUGUUUUAAGUUGUAUUUAAGGUUAGUUUUGUUUUUUCUUCUUCCAUGUUCAACGUACGUAGCCCUCUCUUUUGGCGGCCCGUGAACAGGUCAUGACUGUUUGAAAACGCAAAAGUCUUCUUCAGAACAUGUUUAUCUCGAGAGCCUAAUCUGUCUCACAAACCAGUUGAACGUUGUUCUGGAACAAUUUCAUAAAACACACGGCUGUGUUCGCCGGUUGCGGGUAACAUAGGAGCGCCCCAGCAGUAUGUUAGGCGUUUAUUAAACAAAUUAGGCACUAUUCGGUUGUAUCCGAGUGUGUUAAUUUAAAAUAAAAUGUAGGAAUCGUUUAAUACAAGAACAGUCCAACGUUUGUAGUAAGUGUAAUCAUAGUGCAGCACACAGAACACAAAGGACGAUGUUUCCACAAAAUUAAGACGUUCUUAUUUUUAUAGACAGCCGAUUUAGAAUGCAAAUUUUAGGCGAUCCGCGGCGAUGGCCCUGAAGUGACCACUGUAUGCAUGACCCUUGAAAAAGCCGUGAUAGGUGACACCUGAAUUGUCGCCAUAGUUAAGAUGACUGCUGUUACGAUAUUUGACGGACAUGCAGAAUGAUUUUCAUCAACAACUGGGGCAAUGAUUUUUUAUUUGCCCUUUUAGAUCAAAAAGAACAAAUUGAGCAGUUCACUAAUUUGGCUAGCAAACAUGUACAAGAAUGGAUAGAGGGAGGCCAUGACGUCAAAGAAAAUAUAACAACGUUAAUCCAUAUGUCGCUCCCGGAAAAGGCAAGCCACUCCACAAAAAGGGCGCGCGGUCCCAACCCUAACGAAGAGCGUGACAACGAGGGGAGGCAAAGCAAAGACGUC